CCGGGGCGAUACUGAGCAGUGUCUCCAGCCAUGGCCGCGCUGCUGAAGGCCGUUCUGGGCGCCUCGGAGAAGGCAGCUGAGAUCGCACGGCUGUGCCGGGACGCCGAGCCGCUCUUCCGACUGCUGGUGGCCGAGAAAACCGGAGCGGAUCGGAACCAGCGCUUCUCCCACGACUUCAAGACUCUGGCAGAUGUCCUCAUCCAGGAGGUCAUCCGGCACGACCUGGGCACCAAGUUCCCUGAGCUGCGCGGCCACAUCGGCGGCGAAGAGUCCAACGAGUUCACCAACGCCAACGGGGACACGGUGGCGGUGCGGGUGUGCGGCACGGUGAGUGAAACGGCAGCGCUGCUGGGCUCCGUGCUGCACCCCGAACGGGAGGCGGCGGAGCUGCUGGCGGCCGCGGCGCACCGGGAGGUGGCAGUCGGGGACGCGGCGCUGGAUGGCGUCACCGUCAGCAUCGACCCCGGGGAUGUCGCCGUGUGGAUCGAUCCCAUCGAUUCCACCAACGAGUACAUCGUGGGGCGGGAGGAUGUUGUCCCCCAGGAUGGCAUCGCGCCGUCGGGGCUCUGCUCGGCGCUGGUGCUCAUCGGUGCCUAUGAACGCAGCAGCGGUCGCCCCGUGCUGGGUGUCAUCAACGAGCCUUUCCACCGCCGCCACCCCCAGACACGUGGGUGGCAGGGCCGCUACCAUUGGGGAAUCGCCUACCGAGGCACCCACCUCUCCUCUCUGAGCCGCCCCCCACCACCGCAACCCCCUCCCCGUGUGGUGCUGAGCCGGGCAGAGGCGCAGGGGGUGCGGGAUGCCCUGGCCUCACUCAGUGGGGGUCACCUCCAUUUCGCUGCCGGUGCCGGUUACAAGAUGCUGUGUGUCAUCCUGGGACGCGCGGAUGCCUACGUCCUCUCGGGGGGGAGCACCUUUGCAUGGGACGCCUGUGCCCCCCACGCCAUCCUGUGUGCUCUAGGGGGCGGUGUGGUGGCCCUGCGGGAUGCCCUGAGGGCACGGAGGGAGGGGGACACGAGGACGCCCCCCCAACUGACCUACAACUGCCCGGCUGAGGGGGCAGUGGGGCCUGAGCGUUGGGCUAACCUAGGGGGGCUGGUGGCCUAUGUGCACCCCCAGCACUUGGAGGCAGUGCUGGAGGUGCUGGCCGCUGUGCCGGGCCUUUGA